UUUUUGUUUAUCCCCAAUUAUCGUCAACUGGCGAGCGAGAAAAAGUGACACACAAUCCACAAAAACAAUUGUUCAAGCUUCAGUAGUUUGAAAGCUUGGCCUUAUUUUUGGCUCCUAUUAACAUCAUUUUAAAUGGAAAUAAUUGUUUUUAGGGAUUGAGUGGUUUUGCACAAAACUAUAGAAAUAUUUUUUAAAACGCGUUGAAAAAAUUAGGUUACACGAUGGCUGCACUCAUCAAGAGUCAAUCAGUCCUUUCGUUUACAAAGAAGGUUGUGAUCUACGUGUAGCGUCCACACCAAUUAGUGUCUAGUGUCAAAGGAAUGGUCAAGAGAAUGAAGCGAGUUGAGCGAUCAGAGUCCAGGACUGUAGUAAAGAAAUGCCCCGAGUGUGACCAGCAGUGUCCUGUUGCUCUGAGGGCAUGUAAUUGUGGGUACUCCUUUACAAAGACCAGACCCACAAGAACGAAGGUCAAGCAACAACAACUCCAGCAACAGCAGAAUGCGGCUGCCAAGUCUGCUAAAGCGAGCACAUCAACAGCUGCAGCAGAUUCUGAAAGUAAUCUGGAUAAAGUUGGUCGCAGAUUUCGCACGAAACGCAUGCGCCCAGACUACUUCAAUUCCCUAGAGCUGGAAUAUGCAUCGAGAUCUUUCAGAGCAAGAAAACCAAAGCAAGAGGAGAAAGAGUUAAAGAGGAAAAAGAAAAGAGGAAGGCCUAAGGGUUCUACGGGUAUACCACGUAAGCCAAAGGAGGAGAAAAAGAAGGAGGAAGAAGAAGCCAAGGUCCUCCCAGAGCUGGAUGACCUGUAUGCCAAUUUCUCCCAGGAGAAGCUACAGCAGUUCUCUUUCAUUUUGGACGAGCUGAACUUCAAAAUGUCUUCGCAGAUCUUCAAGCCUUUGUAGAAACGCUACAGUCUGUGAAAUAGAUGUGUGUGUGGUUCUGUGUGUAUGUGUAUGUAAGUGUGUUUUCCUCCUAUCAAAGGGUCUCUUGUGUCAGAGAAUGUUAGUGUAGAAAGAGAAUGAGUCCUGUUUUGUUAUUGCCAACUUUUCACAUGAGAUAUAAUACGCAUGGCCUUGACUUUGUGACCCGUGCAGUUUGAUCAUCCCAGCAUUAUUUAGCUUUUCUCCUGUUGAUACGUAACGAUGGUUACAAUGGAAUUUACUAUCCAGUCAUAAUGUGAACUCUUGGAAGUUAUUGCAUACAGCAUUAUUAUGUCCACUAUAAUUAACUCUCAAAAACUCAAAUGGAACAACAGACUCAGUCUUGAGUUAGGAAGAGACCUUUCAAUAAGAGGAUAAGAUAGAGAGAAAUACUGUAGUCUCCGCCUAAACGCAUGGUGCUAGAGAGGGCCUUUAACGGGUGUUAAUACAGAGCGUGCGUUUACAUGAACCCCUGUGCAAAGGGAGGAAGGGACGCAGUCAUCUCAUUGCCUAGAUAUUCCUGUGACCUCCCUUGGGGGUGGGGGUCACUUUGGUCGAUAAUGUGACGACACGUGACUGUUUUGUGAAGGAUUUCCUGACUGCGGUUAAAAAAUACAAAGGCGUUAGAUGGGGGGAAGAAAGACACACUCAAUGUAAUGAUAUGCAUAACAAAAUGUCCGGAACAGAUGGCCUAUGAGGAAACUGUUGGUGAUAGUCGUAGAGAUGAUGGCACGGCCACGUGACUUUCCAAGCGACCACCCCCAACCGUAAAUUCAUGGACGACAUCAGAAUCAUAGAUAUCUGGAUUCAGAGAAACAUUUCUCUUGUGAUUCGUUGAACAAUUGCGUUAUAAGUUCUUUGAGCGCAGCUGAUUAGGUUUACUUAACUAAUCUUUAAUCCUAUAGAGGCCUAUCUAGUGUUUUACAGCAUUCACGUGUUUUGCGCAUAAUAGGCCUAGGUUUAACCAGUGACCAAGCGUUUACGUUGCUUGGUCUCGGGUCUAACUAAGCAUUACAUGCAGUUUGACCAAUCAAAACACAUUUCAGUCCCCCAACCCCCCAACAUUUCACCGACCAGUCCUAGACCUAUGUGUCUAUGGAAAGUUGGGUGUGAAAACAAAGUCUGUCACUCUCUUUGUCCAGCGUGAGGGGCAGUCUCACCAAAUGUCCAGUUUUCUAGGCUUAUAUACAAGCUGUGUAGGCUGCAGCGAAAGUUUUCCCUUGUCAAGCUUUGCCUGUCGGCGUGUUUCGCGGAUCAGAGCAUGCGUUUAGAGGGAGUGACCGUGCGUUUGUAUGUCUAAAUUAUAUAGUAAAAAACCCGUCAUAUGAUGAAAGCCUGCGUUUUAGCGUAGCCUGCUUUUGUAUGGCGUGCGUUUAGGCGGAGACUACUGUGACUGAUGUCCAGUGUGUUUUGAUUUUGAGAUUUGAUUUUUUUCUGAACCUGAAAAUGUGACUUGGAUUGUUUUUCCAUUGUGGUCAUCGUAUAUGUUGUGCUCAUUGUUCAUCCUUUUCAUUGUUUACUGCACAUGAGUUAAUGGUUUAUCGCAUUCAGUGUUUAUCAACACCUGCUUGCUCUAUUAUACUGUCAGACAUUGCUGUCAACUGUUGAAAUUUGAAACGAAGUUGGUUGGAGAACACUACUGGUAGGUGUUACUUCUUUACCUUCCCUCAGUUGUUUCUGUCUAUCUGUCUUUCUUUUUUCCCCAGCACUAAAUGACUAUUAUUUUGUUGAUGUUUCUCUUUACUGAAACUGACAAACAAAUUUGAAAUAAAAUGAUGAAACACAUGGUAGAUGAAAAAUACUUUUUAUUCAAAUUUGGUAACCUUGUUGCAGUUUCUAAUAUAAUGCGUCCCUAUUUUGUUAUUGUUCCAACUAAAGCAAUUUCUCUUUCUCCCUUCUUUUUUGGUAUUAGUUAUUUUUUUCAUUAUUGUUUGAAUUGUGUAAAUGCCAUUUGAAAUUUGCUUUCACCACGGUGCCCAGCCGUAAUAUUAAAUUGUACUUGUAGCCCACCAUGUCAGGUUUUGUCGUUUCUUCUGAUAAUUCAGAUAUAUUGUACUCAUGUCUUUUCAAAGCUUGACACUGGUGAAUUUGUGUCAUUGAAAAAAUUGAACUCAUGCUACUGUUUUUGCUUUCCUACAUUGUCACUGCCAACUGAAGAAAUAAAAUUGAGGUGGAAGUUGAAA